ACUUGAUGGCAUGAAAUUUCCGCCACCACCACGUUCCCGUUGUCUACGUUGAACACCAUGAACUCAAAUCAGGACAAGCGAUCGCGCGAUUCGCAACCAGAAUCACAAGAAACCAUUCUAUCAAAACGUAGACGUAACUCACUACGGAACGGGUCAGAAACCGGCGGUGCUGCUGCUUCUGCGAACCAGGAACACGCCCCAAUUUCCAACAGUGAACCAGAUCAGCUUGCUCAAGACAUUUGGGAAAGUUCUUCUUCGGGCUCAGAGUCAGGUUCAGAAUCGAGUUCAGAGUCGGAUUCGAGCUCGGGCUCAAGUGACAGCGACAGCGAUGAUCAAUUUGAUACAGAAGAAAUCCUUGUAGACGCGAUUCAAGACGUUUCUGCGGACAAUGCUAACGACAACGACAACGAUCGAACUGUAAAACAACAGGAACCAGCAACUGUACCUAUCACGACAUCGGCAGCACCAACAUCAGAACAUUCUCUCGUGCCUGAUGCCACCGAUUCGUCCAGUAGUACUGCUGCCACUACAACGAUAACUACAGAAGAUCCUCGUGAAUUUGUCGAUCAAAGCAUUCGUCGUCUUACCUCAAACAGCUUUUUCUUUACGCGCGACGCUUACGAAGCUUACUCCGUUCAUUCGUUUCACAAUACGGUCCAAAGACAUAUUCAGUGGAUCAAGGAACAUAAAGAAGAAGCGAGUGCUAUGUACAGUCAGUAUGUACAGCUUCCUCAACAGCAACAACCAGCAACAUCGACGCAAGAAAAGAGAGCAUCAUCAUCGUCUCCGCCUGCUACUUUUCCUAUUGAUACUACCACUGAUACGCGUGCUACAACUACUGCUAACCCACCUGAUAUACAAAGGGUAUCUCGAACUCCUUCCUCUUCUGCUGCGGGUACGCCUAGGGCUUCUUCACCUGUAUCUCUAUCAUCAAGAACAACAACACCACCUCCGCCCUCGUCGCCGUCUACAACAGCUGCCCCUCAAGAAAAGCAAAAGGAAAUCGGCGUUCUCGACAAUUUGCUCAGCUCGAUAUACAGCGAGACUAAAUCAACAUCCCCACCCUUGACCUCACCCACAGAACGCCAGCCCAUAGCAAAACCGCCGCCGCCGCCUUCGGAUAUAUCUGUAGCAGCGGCAGCAAGUAGUUCUACGGCGCCGCAGUCUAUGCCGCGACCGAAUGUUUUCCUAGGUGAUGCCGUCGCUGAUAUCUAUCAGUCUUUAUGCAAAUUGGAUCGUGGACGUAUUCACCAUUAUCCGCAACAUUACGCGCAUCAUAGUAAUCCCACUGUUCGAGUGCCAGAAACGCAUGGCAAAGUCCCAGUUCUAGAAUUCAAGAAAAACAUUGCCAAGUUUGGUGAAAUCGGCACCACUACAGCAACUGGCGAUUAUCCUCAAAAGAUCGACAUGAACAAAAACUACAUUCAAAGCGAUUCCUCUUCCUCCAUGGAUGACCAAGAAUACUAUCGUAAAAAGUUGCCACCGCCUGUCAGCCAAGACCCAAUUAUACCUCCCAUCCUUGCAAACAACAAGAUCGAUAUCACCAUAACAUUAGACACACUAAGCAAACUUAUCGAAUUACCAAACAAUAUGUUUUUGGAGUUUGAGAUACCAAUCGUUGUACGAGAUAACGAAAACGGUAAUUGGCUGACGACAUUUAUCCUAAUUCUUUAUAGAGAACAUUUUGCACGCAUCAUGUAUCGCUUUCUGAUCUGACAUGUGUACUCGAUAUUUCAUACGCAUCAAAAAUAGGCAACAAAACCUUAUUCAUGGAUCAGCCAUUACUGCAUGAUAAGCUUGACGCACAUGAUCAGAAUCAGGUCGCUUAUGAUUUGGCGUUCAAAAGCAACCGUCUGGUCUUGGCGAGACGACAAUCGCUUGAAACCCGUGGCGAGCUUGAAACGGAGGGGGAUAGUUCAAGGAAUCACCUGGAGGAUGAAAAUAUCAGCUACGACUUAUACUCGUUUGGAGACCAUACCAUUCUGUUGCAACGGCAACAAGAUGCUUUAAUGGAGGUAAAGUAGAUUGAUUGUUGCUAUCCACACACCAUUGCGCAAUGGUGGAUACAGACGAUGCUGAAUAGAUGAACC